AUGCCGGAGCGCCCCCGGGGGCCGGCACGCACCAGCCACCACGGCGCCACAAUUAAGGUACCCCACACUUCUGUGGACCCGACCUUCCGGAUACCGCUGAAGGCUUCGGCCCAACCGGAACCCAAACCGCCUCACAUCCGCCGAUACCGAUACCGUCGGUACCAUCCGCCAAACAGCCCAUUCAGAUCCCCGACUCCAAAAAUCACCUUUUCCGAUACCGCUGCCCGGGCGUCGGAAACCCCAGGCCAGGCGACGUCUCACUCAAAGUCGGCCGCCCAUCCUGGGACCCCCGCCGAAUCGUUAUCAUCCAGGAAGGUGUCAGCGUUGUCUGCUCCGGCCGCGGGGCCGAAAACCGAGAAGGCAGGCCUAGUGUUUACUCCAGUGCGAGUCUUGUCCGCAAGCCGUGUCCUCCCCGGCCGUUGGGUCCCUGCCUCGGAGUCUAAGUCGGCGGCGAGCGCGCCUUCUCCUGGCGCUCAAUUGCUAACUGGCGCAGGUUCCCUUGCACGUGCGGAGUCCCCGGCGAAGCGGUCCCUUGGGGCAAGCGCGGGGCCUGCCCUCCGGUAUGACUUGACCGGUUUCGAGGACCUUGGGGGCUAUCCUGAGGAUCGGGAGACGACCAGUUCGGAAUCCGAGUACCCUGCUGCAGUCUUGGCCACCCAUUCAGACCAAGUCAACGUGGGCACUCCAAGCGCCCUGGACCAGGUCAGCGGGGCCACUCCCGGCACUCACGCACUCCCGGGGGCCCAGGACCGCGCUGGGACAACCGCGACGGCUGUCUCUGGCCCGCAAUCCACCGCUGGCGGCCGACCUGCGGCCUUCUGCCACCCCACCUCUUCAACCACGCCGUCAGCCAAGGAAUCCUUCAGAAAAGCGGCUGCGGAGGAUGACAUGACCGACGAUUUGUCAGACAACUCCGAUGAAGAGUCUGAGCCCUUGCCUUCGGCUGUGUUGCGCUCCAAGGUCGCACCCACUCAGGAGAUCUGA